AAUUAUGUCCAGAGGUCACCAGAUGGCGCUGUUUGUUUGGUACACGUUGACACAUUAGCAUUCUCCUGCCAGAGCUGGAGGGAACCUCUGGAACAUCUUGCCGCCUUUGCCUCCGUGCGUUAGUGACUGACUGCUGAUGACUCACAAAUACAUCAACAAUCCGCCUGCAAGACCCUCCCCUGUAGUUCUCUGCUGCUGCCCUGCCUCUACUACCGGAGAGCAGCUGCAGCACCGAUGGAAAAGAAGCAAGGAUCCUCUCACCAGUAUGGUUCACUGGAGCACACCACAUGGAGCGGAGACACCAAAAAAACAGAGGACGAUGUGGUGUCCAUGGCGGACUCCACCAUUACUGUGGAUGACAUUGAGGGGGAGCUCUUCAAGAUUGAGAGGAUCAGGGACAUCUUGGUCAGGAGGGAGUCAGAGCUCAGAUACAUGAUGGAUGACAUUCAGCUGUGUAAAGAGAUUACUCGACUGAAGAAGGAGCUUCACAAAUUGGUGUCUAUACCAGAUAAGGACAAGUCCAACGAAGACCGACAGAAGGAGGACGAGCUGCUGCAGCAGAUUCACAAACUGGUGGAGACCAGAGAUUUCUUAGUGGAUGAUGUUGAGUUUGAACGCCUCAGGGAAAAAGAAGAAGAUAAAGAAAUGGCAGAGUUUUUGAAAUCCAGAUUGCCAAGAAACUUGAAGAAAUCAGGUGCAUCAUCAAGAAGGGUACCAGCCAGAGCUCAGCAGACUUCCUCCCCUUUCACCAAGACAGGCCUCACCCUGCUGAAGGAGUGUUGUGGCUUUACGUGCUCCAUCAUGUAGACAAUAGCCAAAGCGAAAGACUCGCACACCAACAUCAUUCCAAGGGAGAUGUAUAACCAAGUUCACCAAUUAGGUGUGAGACGCAAAGAGACAUUGACGGAGAUGUGCACAUCUGUGGAAACUAUUUCGUUGCAAAAAUGAUCAGAAUAUUCAUUUUUUGCCUCUGCUCUAUGUCUGUGCUUCUCAUCCCAGUGUAACCUACUGUAAAUACUUUCUUUUAUACCCAACUCUAAAGGCUCAGAGCAGCCAAGCCGGCAGCAGUUGUUGGUGUGCACACUAAUUGGAUUCAACCAUCAUGACUCAGCCACAAGUUGUAUAUUCAAAGUUUUCAUGCAUCUCCGAUAAUUGUCAUCUCCUUUUCAAAGAGAACUUUAUAAUUAGUGUUAGGGAGAUAAUGGCGAUGAAACUGACCGGGAGGUCUGUCAGCACAAAGCUGUGUGUAGUUUGGCGACAGACAAACGUGGGUCUGACCUUUAAAAAAGCGUUGCUUUAUAAAAGAGGAAACCGAGCAUUUAUGUUCCACUUUUUCCUCCAAAACUUAAAUCGGCUCAGAAGUUCCAACUUUUUUUAAUUUGCUUUUGAAUGUCUGCAUAUGAAGUUGUAAUUAGAUAUCUACCAGUGCUGUAUAAAAGGGAGCUAAAUUCAAACUCCCUUUUUUAAUACAGACACGCCUCCCUGUGCUGAGCUGCUCUCAGGUUUGUAUCAUUUGUCAUGGUUCAACACGCAACUGAUAUGCUGCAUUAUCUCCAGACUCAGCAUAACUUUAUCACCUCACGCUUCAGUGCUCACACAUUACACAUAAAAGUAUUUUAUAUAAAGCACAAAUAUACUUUUUAUCUGCUUGCCAACUGCACAGCUCUUUAGUUCAAAGCCAGGAAGUUUCCGUGGGAAGUUUAGGCACACUCAUCAUGGAUACCGAUGUCAUUCAAAAUCUGGUCUUUUACAGAUUCAUUUUAACUGCUUUUUAGCUUGUGCUGAUGAUAGAUUAAACAAUUAUGAUGAAUUUGAUAAACCAAAUUGGAAUUUAUUAUUCCAUAGUCACACAUGAUCAAAUAUUAUGCACAUUUUGUAUCCAUGCUUCUGGUUGUUUGACUUCUUUUCUAAUCAGAAAUGGAUAAACAUGGGUUUACUUUCAGACACAGGCCUGGCUUUUAAGUAAUAUCCACCAAUAUUUGAUCUGGAUAUUUGACCACUUUUCUUAUCCCAAUUGGUAGACUUCAUUUAAACCGGUUUGUUUCUUGGCAUGGGCCUAGAUUUAAACCCAUACAUUUGUAGCCAUUCCCUAGGCUUAUUGUUAGCCUAGAGUUUCCUGUGUUUCAUAUUCAGUUAUGUCUAAAUUUCAACCAUCUGAUCCAAUGGGUCACCCUUGGGCCAAGGUAUUAAGGAAAAAUCCAGAAGCCACCAAGAUUUCAUCCAGAGAUGAACUAACACUUUCUGGAGCAUAUGUGUCACUGACCACAAGUUUUCCAUCAUUAUGGACUGAAAGAUUGGUGAUAAGGUCGGAAGCUCAAGCUGCAACAAGCUUGACUAAAAUUGCCAUCAUGAAUGACCCAGAUAACCACCAUAAAUCGGCAUUGAAACGUGGAUACUAAGAGUUUUCCUACACGAAAACCAUAACUGUGCCAGGAAACCAACCAGUUUAUAUAAAUGCUUCCAACUCUGACAAAGUUUAUGCCAAAUACUGUUUAUUGUCUUCAUUAAUUCAGUGAUCAAGGUGUAUUUUACUGAAAGAUAAAGUACACCUUGUGUAUAUUUGAUCUUGUACAAAUAACUUAAAUUAUGGAAAGUCUGCAAUGAAAAAAAGCUAAAUUCAAACUCCCUUUUUUAAUCAUUGAGGUUGUUUGUUGAUUUAGGAAAAAUUAAAACCCCAAAAUUGGUUUAACGUUUAUGCCCAUGAUAAGUAUUUAUUAACUUCUUAUCAGAGCUGUGCAUGUUGUUUGAUUUUUCCAACCAAUGACAAUGUUUUUCAUGUCAUUACCAUGUUUCUUUCUAUAAAUGCUACAGUGAUCUACAUAUGCAGCAGUACAUGGGCUGCAGGGACAUAUGCUCUAAUUUAUUGUGUUUGUUUUUCACUGCCCAGAAUACAAGUUGCCAUGGAAACUGUUUAAUCCAUUCAGUAACUUUGAAGUUAAAGGAAAAGGAAAAAAACUGUUGGACAGUUCAGUGAAACGAAGGAUUGCAAAGAAAAUCAGGCAGAAAAAGCACAAAUCACAAAGAUGCAGCUGACAUUUUGGCAUUUUAAUAUUGUGGAGUAACUUCGUGGUCCCUCGCAUAAUGUUUGGUAUAGUGCUGGAAGUCGGACAAGUUAUAUAAACUACGGUCUUAGAUAUUGUUUUUCUGUUGAAGACAUUUUAAAGAUUCAUAAAAAGCAUUUGCAUAAA